AUGGCAGACGCCAGCAAUGACGACGCGCUCAAGGCGACGAAGCGCAGCCACGCAGACUUCGCCGAAGAAGAUGGUUCCGCAAGUUCUUCCGACGACGACAACAUGGGACCACAGCUGCCCUCGGCAGCCCCCAAGAAAAAGCGGCGCGUCCUGCCCUACGAGAAGUUGUACAUCUCGGCCUUGCCCAAGUCGACACGCUACUCAAAGUCUUUGAUGCACAAGGAGCAAUUGUCGACUCUCACCAUGACACCACUGACAGACUUUCUCAUUACUUCCUCAGUCGAAGGCGUUGUCAAAUUCUGGAAGAAGGUAGCCGACGGAAUCGAGUUUGUUAAGGAGUUCAAGGCCCACCAGGGCGAGAUACGGUCUGUUUCUGCCAGCCAAGAUGGCCGGAGCUUUGCCACGGCUGGCCUCGACAAAACGAUCAAGCUUUUUGACGUGGUCACGUUUGAUCUCCUGGCCGUUCUGGAGCUUGACUUCGUGCCGAAGUGCAUCUGCUGGGUUCACAAAAGAGGCGCCUCUCUCCCUGUGCUUGCAGUGUCCGACGAUGCCAGUCCUAGCAUUCGCUUGUAUGACGGAAGAGGAGAGAGUCAGGCGCCGAUACAUACAGUUACUAGUCUACAUCGGAGUCCAGUAGCCCUAAUGGCCUUUAACGACAAUUACGACUGUGUCUUGUCUGCUGAUGAUGGCGGCAUGGUCGAAUACUGGCGCCCGAGCGGCUCAUAUUCAAAGCCGGAUAAUGUCUUCCAGUACAAGAGCUCCACCGAUCUCUUCGAGUUCAAAAAGGCGAAAUCGGUGCCAUCGUCGCUUACUGUGGCUCCAGAUGGGACUCGUUUUGCCACCUUCUCCUUUCCUGACCGCAAGAUUCGCAUCUUCGAGUUUGCUUCGGGAAAGCUGUAUCGGGCGUACGAUGAAUCUCUCAGGGUGAUCGAGGAGAUGCAGCAAGCUGGAACCGCCUUGCAAAAAUUGGAUGUUGUAGAAUUUGGCCGCCGGCUUGCGGUGGAACGAGAAAUCGAAUCGCCGACUUUGCGUAACAAGUUGAACGUCAUAUUUGACGAGUCUGGGCAUUUUAUUCUCUACGGUUCUUACCUAGGAAUCAAAGUACUGAAUACGUUCACAAACCAAGUUGUGAAAGUUUUCGGGAGGGAAGAAGGGUUUCGGCCACUAGGCUUGGCAUUAUACCAAGGCCAGCCGCAGAAAAAGGGAGUGACAACAGUUGCCAUGGCGGCAUCGAGCAACCCACUUCUCCAGGAAUCCGAGACAAGAGACCCAAUACUGGUUACAACGGGUGUGGGAAAAGCUCGCUUUUACAUGUUCACCAACGACGAGGAGAUAUCCAAGUCGACCAGAGAUGUCCAGAACGAGAAGCCCGUCAUUCUUGGUCAGAAGAAGGCGGAGAAGAAGAAGGUGACCGAGACAGGCACAGCCGCCAUCAUCCACACCACUUAUGGCGACAUCCACAUCCGGCUGUUUCCAGACGCGGCACCAAAGGCCGUUGAGAACUUUGUCACGCACUCCAAGCGGGGAUACUACAACAAUACCAUUUUCCACCGCGUGAUCCGGAAGUUCAUGAUACAGUGCGGAGACCCCCUGGGUGACGGAACGGGUGGCGAGAGUAUCUGGGGGAGGGAGUUCGAGGAUGAGUUUAGCAGCCUGAAGCACGACAAGCCGUACACGGUCAGCAUGGCCAACGCCGGCCCCAACACCAAUGGAAGCCAAUUUUUUAUCACGACAGAAAAGACACCCUGGCUCGACAACAAGCAUACGAUAUUUGGACGCGCGGUACAAGGCCUCGACGUGAUCCACAAGAUUGAGAAUGUGAGAACGUACAAGGAAAAGCCGGAGGAAGAUAUCAAGAUUCUCAGCAUCGACAUUGCGUAG